CUUUCUUCACACUCUCGUAUGUCACUAUCCAUUGCUCCAUUAUUUCACUACCACACAGACGGAUCAUUUCUUUCUCUCUCCUAUCUAAAACACUUAACAUCACAGAGAAACACAUAUUCAUUACCGGGCUGGUACUGAGAUUUCAGCAUCUGUGCUAGGUCCUCACGUAGAUGCAAAUGGAAACCGAUCAUGUUGAAAAACGUAACGCUGCCAUGAAAAACGUCCUCCUCAUUAUAAGCUGCGCACUUCUAUCCAUAGGCACAUGUGGAGGUCCAUUGGUAAUGCGCCUCUACUUCAUCCAUGGAGGCAAGCGUGUCUGGCUUUCGAGCUGGCUCGAAACCGGCGGCUGGCCAAUCAUCUUCAUCCCCAUAGCCAUGGCUUAUUGCUACCGCCGCAAGACUGAAGGCCCAUCAACAAAACUCUUCUUCAUGAAGCUCCCACUCUUUACAGCCUCCGCUGUCAUCGGCGUCCUCACCGGUCUGGACGACUACCUUUACGCCUAUGGCGUUGCUCGACUUCCGAUCUCCACGUCAGCCCUAAUCCUCGCUAGCCAUUUAGCCUUCACUGCCCUUUUUGCCUUUAUUCUUGUGAAGCAGAAGUUCACCUCAUUCUCCAUAAACGCCAUCGUGUUGUUGACUAUUGGCGCGGUUGUUUUGGGGUUGAACACCAGCUCUGAUCGUCCAGAGGGGGAAUCGAAUAAGGAGUAUAUUGCCGGAUUUUUUAUGACGGUGGCGGCGGCUGCUUUGUAUGGAUUUGUGUUGCCGUUGAUAGAGUUGACAUACAAGAAGGCCAAGCAGACCAUUACAUAUGCUUUGGUUCUAGAGGUUCAAUUGGUUAUGUGUUUGUUUGCUACUCUUUUUUGCACUGUGGGAAUGCUUAUCGACAACGACUUCAAGGUUAUUCCAAAAGAAGCAAGAAAAUUCGAUCUUGGGGAAACCAGAUACUAUGUGGUGCUGGUAUUUAGUGCUAUAUUAUGGCAAGGUUUUUUUCUGGGAGCCAUAGGAAUCAUCUUCUGCGCCUCAUCUUUGCUUUCUGGAAUUGUGAUUGCUUCUUUAAUCCCCGUAACUCAGAUCCUAGCAGUUAUUUUUUACCAUGAAAAAUUCCAAGCAGAAAAGGGAGUCUCUCUUGCACUCUCUCUCUGGGGAUUUAUCUUUUACUUCUAUGGUGAGAGAAAACACAACAAGGAAAAGGAAAAGAAAAUCGAAAUCGAAAUUGCAGAGAAAAAGAAAGACACACCAGAAACAAUACAAGUUCCUCAACAGGGAACCCUAGCUACUCAGCAGUCACAAACCCUAGUUGGAGUUUAAGAACGAGGGGGAAGGCCGCCACUGCCGUUUGGGCGGCAGCACCCAUAUUAUCAUUUCCCCUUGGUAUUUAUAUUUUGGUUGAAAAUAAAUUGUAAAUUAUCAGGCAACGUUUUAUGCGUUAAAGAAUUUCUAAGCUCUAGUUUUGUGUACAUGUCUUGAUUAAUUAUGAAAAACAAAUCUUAGUGUGACUAAGGUCAAAUUAUCAAAUUGUUUUAGGCAUUACCAAA